AGCAAAAGCAAGGAAUCAACAACGAACAACUGGUCAUAUUCAUCUCUGCUGCUUGACCGGACUAUAUACAUUAUUUUUUGCACAUAUUAUGGACCAAUUUCCUUUUUCCAGCCAUAACUUUUGACUUGCCCUUUUGUGCAUACCAUCAAGACACAAUAAACCAGCUGGAUUCUUAGCCUCCCGAGCUCCAGUAAACAGAACAUGGCUCCAGAUAUCCCAUCCGCCAAAAUCACCCUUUCAUGUCCACUCUUCGGCGCGGAUUUUGACCCUCGGAAUAAUAAUUUCCUUCUUGUAGGCGGCGGCGGAGGUGAGGGGCGCAGCGGAGUUGGAAAUAAAAUUACCUUGCUAAAUACCUCCCGACGCAAAGAGAUAUCUGAAAUCGUCGAUAUUGAAUUAUCUCGAGAUGAAGAUUCUGUGACCUCACUGGCCGUAUCGAAGUCGAAUGACAGGUCAAUCAUAGCUUUGGCCGGCAUCAACAGCUCCCUUGCGGAGCAGCAACAGGACAAUAAUGAGCAUCUCAGAUCUUUUCGGCUAGAUUACCCGCCCAGACAGGUGCCAAUCGACUCCAACACCUCACCGGCAAAAUCUGAAAAGGGAGGGAAGAAGCACGAUGCUCAGCCUGCCCGGCCGACAUCAACCCCUUUGUCGCGCGCGUCGCUGUUUGAGCCGAAGUAUAAACCUAAGGAGAAGCGGGAAACAUACCAGAGAUUACUGCGGCUUUCGCCAUGGAAGGGAGAGGAGGCCCCUCGUAUUGGCGCGGUAGCUACCGGUUUGGCUCCGGAGGGGGAAAUGGUCGUGUUCAAUGCGACGUCUUCAACGCCUGGGGAGUCCGAUAUCCUAGGUCGGAUCCGGCUGGAGGGCAAAGAUGAAGUUGAGGAUGUGGACAUGCUACCAGGCAGUGAAGGCGGGGAUGGGAAGUUCAAGGUGGCAUUUACGGACGGGACGUCUAUUUACACAUUUAUAGUUUCUGCUUCGACGAAGUCGAAUGCGAGUCCGAAAACUAAGGCAGCCUACACCCUGCCAUUUCCCGAUUAUUUUGCAGGGACUAAGAAGAGAAGCAAAAUCCGUGCUCUCAGGUUCCUUUCCCCAACAUCCUUUCUCGUCCUACUUAAUCACCCAGACCGAGCGGGCUGCGAACUAGCAAUAAUCUCCCUCGGCCUCGCACAAGAAGGCACCGUCGUCCGACGAACCAGGCUCCCACGCGCUAUGAAAAUUGGCCUAGGCCUGGACGUGUGCCCGCUCUCCGAAUCGGCCAUGGGCACCAGACAAUUCAUAAUUGCAGUAUCCGGCAACGACAAUUCAAUCCAGAUCCUCACUCUCGAAUACACACGCAAAAGCAAAAACCCCUUCGGCAAAUUCCGCCCCUAUGCCACCCUGCGCAAUGUGCACCCUUUCUCUAUGACGCGCCUUGUCUUCUCAACGUUUACCCCACCCACUCAACCUGUGUCCGCCGACGUACGGCCGCAGGAUGUCAAACUCGCCUCAAUAAGUGUCGGCAAUACAGUCGUCGUGCAUACUCUCCCCGUGACCCCUUCUCCCCCCAAAUCCCGAAAUCCACGCCACGUUCUCGCCCAACCGGUGGCCUCAGAGCUUCUACAGCCACUGUUCAGCGGAUUCAUGGCGUUGAUAGUCGUGGCACUAGGCGCAUUCUUCCUACAAGCCUUCACGGAGAUACGAGGUGGUGUACCGCCAACGCUUGGAGCUCAAGAAUGGCUGAGUCCCAAGAUCAGCUCAAUGAUUGCGCGUCCGUAUCUUUUUGAAAACGGUCUGUCGUCACAAUAUCAGAAAUGGCGAUCACCCGCAGCGACAGAUACGGCUACAGCUACAACAUCCCCAUCGGUAUCGAUCUCCGUAACGACGAUGACGGUAACAAGCACAACCAACAUCCCAGUCGUGCAAACAAACCCAACACCGAACCUCCGCGAUUUACUUUCCUCUCUUUCCCGCGCGGUGCCAGAAGCCACCCCGACCCCAGAGACUCCCGAAGAAUCCGCGCCGGGAUCUAUCAAGAUCGUUGUCCAUGAACACCCAGAUGACCCAUCACUAGUCACCGUUAUAGCCGUCCCCCACGCAUCUGGCGACGGAGACAGCGACAGGGACGGAGAAAAGGCACACCAAACACGCAAAUGGGAGGAUCUACAUGAGCACGAGCGUGAGGCGUGGAAGGAGAAACUUAGAGCCGCAGGUCAUUGGGCUGUGGAGGAAGGGGAGGCGAUUUUGAGAGGUUUGUUUUUUGGGCAGGUCGCAGGAGGCAUGGCGGGUGCGGUUGUGGGGGAUAGGGUUUGACUGGGGUUUGGUCGUGUGAGGCGUUAAAGUUUUUUCUUUUUUUUUUUCCUUUUCCUUUUCCUUUUCCUUUUUGGGUUAUGAGUCUAUGAACUAGUUUUGUUGAUAUGGAUUUGUUCGGGGCGGAAAAUUGAUCGGGAUGGUCGCGUUUUGGGCGGGACAUACACAACAACAUACACUGCUCCAUGGCCAAACUGACACAAGUAGGCUCUUGGAAGAAGAGCCUGAGGGAAAAUGCCCUUUUUUCCUCCUCUGCUUCCUUCCCCGUUUAUGUUUCUUGGAGCUUGAUCAUUGUACAUGUACAUGUACCUACGUUCUUCGUCUGAUAUACCUCCAACCUAUCUUAUCAUGUUAAUAACUACUUAGCCUCUCACAUGUCUCAAGUUAUUAUUAUCUCCUUUGCCAAAAAGCACUCACCGUCUUUCUGCUGUAGCAUAUCCAGACACUGCCGUCCCUUAUUCUACGCAAUGUACACUACCUACAUAAUGGACUCAAUUGAUUGAUCUUACGUUAAUUAGUAACUAUUAACUGGCCACCACUCUUCUCCCCUACAUUACUACUCUAUGCCGGCAAAAUAAAUUUGACUCAC